CUCAGAAUCAGAAAAAAACGUAAAUAAUUUAAAUUUCACGCUUUUUUGUCUUUCGUAUUGUUUAUACUUGACUAUGUUUAAGAAGUAUACUUGCUUCCCCUAAAAAGUUAAUCUAAGAUCGAUUUCAGCUAUACUAUUUUUUCCGUGUUUAGCUGACGAUGUCAGUUUGCUACAAUCACCAAGUCAACAAACGCGUUCGGAAAUUUGCUCUUGGUCGGAUGUGAUUUUGUAGGCGAAAUUGCUUAAAAAGAAAGUGUUUUUCGCGAAAUAAAUCAAGUUUACAGUUUUUCCGAAAGUGAGAAGUGUCUUUUGAGAGCCGUGGCACCCGAUUUCCUCCAAAUAUCAAGUGUCAUCCGUCGCGCCAUUGUGGAAUGUCCGGACCUCUGCUCCUGACAUAACCCUGAAAAGUUUCCGGUGGUUUCAGUGUCCUAACCGGAACGCCCCAGACGCCGUCCACUUCUGAUUGCUGCACAGCAAGAAAGUGAGGGAAUCCGACAUCUGCAAAUCCAAGCACUCGCGGGCCGCCGUUGGUCAUCACUUGGUCCGUUUUUCAACCGGCGUUAACGUGCCGCUGCUCAACUACCGUAGAGUGUGCUGAGUUACUUUUGGUUUUCACUGGACAAUGCUUCCCCGGACCGCCCCAGACGCCGAACCAAUGUGAACCGGAACACCCCGGACCCCGAACCAAUUUUAACCGUGCCGCCCCGGACCCCGAACUAAUUUGCACUGGAACGUCGCGGACCCCGAACCAACUUGAACCGGACCGCCUCAAAACGUCAACUGCCUCUUGAUUGCUGUACAGUUCUUUCAGCAUGGACAGGUUGCCACAAGAACUUGGUCCGGAGGUCGCAGCGCAGUUAGCUGGCAAUGCUAUAUAACAAAAAAUAACUUGAAGGACGGAAACAUUGGAGCGGUAUUCGAGCAAAGAACUGAAGCAUCACAUUCAAAAGAUUUGGAAAAAAUAAAAAAUCGUCAAAUUGAAUCAGCACAACCUCAAGGGCAAGGCAGACAACAUUCUACAGCGCAGAUAACGAUAUAACUACCAUAGAGACGUUUCUGAUGUUGUCUCAAGAAAUGGUCAUGUCAACACUACAAAUGAAACUCGGUUCGUGGCUGAGAAUUCAGAAGCUUCAACAAAACUUUCGCGACUCUGAAACACUUCCAGGGACUUCAACAGCAUCAAUCGGCCACGAUAAUACGAACCAAUUGGAUGCAUCAAUUAACAAGGAUACGAUAAUUAAUGUGUUGGAGUUGAGUAGCCAGUGUCAGAAGCUAUUAAGAGGAAAAUUGGCUGAAGGAGUAGCCCUAUUGAAGAAGGAAAAACAUCUUAUCAAUCGAACACUUUGCGACCAUUUCUUCGCGAAUGAAGUUAAUGCCGGGAGAACAAUCACAUCAGAGGUGAAGAAGAAGCUUGCUCAGUCAAUUAUCGAAGCUUUUGAUUGCCUUGCAUCUGAAUCUGACGACAAACCAGCAGAGGCCGAGUUUUUCUGGGAGCAUAACGGAGAAGCUACAGGAGAGCACACUGGUUUCAUUCAUUUUUGGAUACGGAACAGGCAACCACAAGCUCCAUCAACUGUGAGAAGAAAGCGUAAAAGUGCUUCCAGCUUCACUCGUGACGAAUCUGAUGCAAUGGACGAACUUUUGGAACUGGACGAGACUGCCGAUUAUUCAAUCGUCGAACAACUCAUGCAAACAACAUUCCAGUACCGAGAAGGACUUCGCAACCGGAACACAUCAUGUACAGAGAUUCUGAAUCAAUUUCCUUAUUUCCUGUAUUAUGAUGGAAAAUUGAUUCAUAACGAAUUUGAAGCGAUGUUCCCGGACAAACAAGCCUCCCAACAGUUCUCAACCGUCGUUCCUCUAUGCCUCAUGUUAAACCACUUCUAUAAUGAAAUUGCUUGUGUCGGUAUACAGGCGCUCCUGAAAAUAAUGGCGGAGCUGACACACCAGGGCAACGUCCGAAAAUCAGAUCCUUCAAACUUACCGCCUUUGGAGGAUUAUGCUUCAGUGUUCGUUAAAUGGAGGCAAGAAUCACCAAACGAGGAAAUGGAAGUGUCAGAAGUUCCCUUCGUUUAUUGCGAUGCGCUACCUUUCGCUGAAGGAACAUAUUUCGUGGUCAUGGAGAAAGGAGCAAUCGAUUGUGGGGAAGACUUUUUCUUAGCGUUGGAUUUGCUUCUAAAGGCGUAUAAAGUGCUGAAUAUCAAUAUUCCCAGUAAAGCUAAGAAGACAAUUGACUUUUUCAAUGUUUUUGUAUAUAAAAUCAUCAAACGCAGCCGAGUAACACGAGUUAACGACCUCUGUGCUCAUUUGUCCAAGGCUGCCAAUGCACUUCCAUAAUAUGUGAAAUUGGAAGAAAUAUUUGAAAGAAGUUAUCAAUGAACAACUAUUGAAUUGAAGUUAUCAAUAAAGAUCUAUUGAAUUGAA